AUGCCGCGCGGUUUCCUCGUCAAGCGCAGCCGGCGCCUGGGCGGCUCAUACCGGGCGCGCCCGCGGGACCCAGAGCGAGACCUGCCACGCGCCCCGCCGCCACCCUCGCCGCCCUCCGCCGGGGACAGCCCUGUCGCCAGGCUGGGGGCGGAGGAGGAGGAGGGUGAGGAGGAGGAGGGUGCCGCCGCCGCCGCCGCUUGCCCCGCGACGUGGCCCCCCGGCGGCGGAUGCGGCGGCCCCGGUCUUGCCCCACUAGAGGGGCCUGCCGCUUGGGGGGCGGCGGGGCCCUGCAGCGCCGCGGGGCCAAGAGCGGCUCUCUUCGAGCGGUGCCUCAGUUCCCCCGCCUCCGCUGAGUCGUUCCCCCUGGCCGCCUCCUUCCCGCCCGCCGAGAAGCUGCUACUGCAGCCCCACACGCCGCUGCCAGGCCCUGCGCCGCCGCCGCCGCCCGCGCUGAAGCGGUCGUCGCGAUCCAAGGCGACUGCCAAGAAGGCCAAGGCCACGCGGAAGCUGAGCUUUGCCGACGAAGUGACCACCUCGCCCGUGCUGGGGCUGCGCAUCAAGGAGGAGGGGCCCGAGGGCCGGUCGGGGCCGCCGCCGGGUCGCACGCCGCUUGGCGAGUUCAUCUGCCAACUGUGCAAGGAGCAGUACGCGGACCCGCUGGCGCUGGCGCAGCACCGCUGCUCUCGCAUCGUGCGCGUCGAGUAUCGCUGCCCUGAGUGUCACAAGAUCUUCAGCUGCCCCGCCAACCUGGCCUCGCACCGCCGCUGGCACAAGCCGCGGCCCGGCCCCAGCACCGACGUCACCGCCGCCGCCGCUCCACCGGGCAAAGAGAACAGCCCCGAGCGGCGGCCACGCGGCCCCGUCGCGCCCCAACCCCAGCCGCCCCCGCCGCCCCGUCAGCACCGGGACAGCGCGGACAGCGCCGGCAGCAUCCCAGCAACUCCCGCCUCCGGUCCAGUUCCCGGCGGCGCCCCAGUUGCCAGUCCCGGCGGGGAGGCGUUUGCCUGCCCCUGCUGCCAGAAGCGGUUCCGGCGGCAGGCCUACCUCCGCAAGCACCUGGGCACCCACGGGCCGGCUCGGCCUGCCGCCUACGGCCCGCCGGAGCGCGGGCACCUCGCCUUCGCUUGUCAUCUCUGCGGUGCUCGCUUCCCUUCGGCGGACAUCAGGGACAAGCAUCGGCUGUGGCAUGCCGUGCGGGAGGAGCUGCUCCUGCCGCCGCCGGCCGGGCCCCCCGAGGGAGGCGCGGCAGGCAGCGAGCGGCAGGGCUUCCCCUGCAAGCACUGCCCCGCCACCUUCUUCAGCGCGCCCGGGCUGGCGCGGCACGCCAACAAGUGCCACCCGCCGGAGAGCAGGCAGGUCCUGCUGCUCCAGGUGCCCGUCCGUCCGGGCUGCUAGGGCCGCGGCCGCCCCCGAUAGAACCACCACUUCGGGAGCUCGGGCGAGCCGACCGAGUCCUGCCCAUGCUGUAAUUCCUACGGUACUCACGGCUACAAAGGCGGAGGAGCCUCCCGUGGACUCCCGGGCCCCCGCCUGUCCUGCUGGUGGGUAGCAAGACUCCCCUGUACCAGCACAGCCGACGGGCGUGCCGCCUCUGGCGGGCCCGGCUGGCAGCGUUUGUGCCGAGCCUUGCAAGGGCGAGGUGCGUCGCAGGAGCAGUGGGAGCCGGUGGGCGGCUGGCUGGCGGAGGGUGGGUACGACCCUGGGCUGGCUGCAGCAGAAAAGGAGCUGGGCCCUGGCUGGCAUCCGCUGGGAUGCGGACGAUGUCAGGGAGGUGGGUGUUCGCCCACUGGAAGAACAUCUUCCAUAGCAACUCUCCAAGUACAGCUGUAUAUACAAUAUUUAAAAAGAGGAAUUAUUUUUCGUUAGAAAAGGAUCCAGCUCUAGUGACCUUGUUUUAAUAGCUUUAGCCCCUGAGCUUCAACAUUUAAGGUAUUGUAAGGUGUUUUGUUUGCUGUACUCUCUACUGAGAUAGUUGAGAAGGUAUAUGUUCAAAUUAAGUCAGUGUCAAGUCAUAUAAUAGCUAGCAAAGUGUAUGGGAAAUUAAUCGUGCUGUCUGCUUAAUUAAAAUACGAGGUGUUUUUCUUCUGUAGCUAAGGUCGCCUCUCCUGCUCGCUCUGUGUUUCUGUACUCCAGCGACCGUGCUUUAUGCACAUCGCAUGCUCUGGCAGCUGCCUGGUUCAAAGCCUGUUCCGUUCGUGCGACAUGGACAAUAGCAAGGGCAGCUUGGCCUGUGAGGCCCGGCAGCAUGCAACCCUGCCAGCCCCCACACUGUGGGCAAGCAGGAGAUCCCUGUCUGCACCUAGCCUUUUUGGACAGCCGCUGACUCCUCUGCCUCAUGAGCUGCGCUGUUGAUAUGAGCUCCUCCAAGUCUUGUGAACAGCUGAAAUUAGACCAUGAAAGCGUCUUGGUAUGUUGCUGCUUUCCUCCUCUUUAACAAGACCUGCCUUAGCAAAGCAAGCCACAGUCUCUAUUCUCUGCCUUUAAAUAUGGUCUGGCCAAAUAUUUUGAAAUACUGUCAAAUUUACCAUCCACUUUCAUUUGAGCCACUAAUUUAUUUAUUUAUUUGUUCUCUAUAUUUUUUUUCCACACAAGUGUUUAUUUCUUCACGUGACAGCAGAUGAGGCCGAAAAUAAGGGCAAGUAAAUACAAUAAAGAAUUUAGAACAAAGCUCAUACUUUUCUUGAAUUCAAGCAGGACAAAGUGGGUCAGCUGGUGAUUUCUGAAGAGCAAAACUGAUCUCAGCCAUAGCCUUUGUUCCAGCACUCUCUCUGAAAAUGAGCAUGCAAAAUAUUUCAAUCUAUUUCAGUUGGAUCCUGCAAAGCAAUUAUUUCUAUAAUUUUAAGUAUUUUGUUACACACAACAAAUGAUUUAUGUGUAUGAUGCUGAAAGGCUGAAAGCAAACUAUAAACUGCUUUAUUUUAAAUGUGCUUCAAAGGCUUUCUCAUUUUAGUUCCAGGAUCUGGACAAACGAGUUAAGACAAUACAAUCUAAAGCAGCCGAAUUUGCUGUCUGGUGAAGAAGGCUAAACUGGCAGCUGGUUCCUCUCAAAUGCCAGAUUUUUAAGUUGUGCAUUUUUCUAUCAGGUGUUGGUAAGGGAGACUUCGGUAAAAAUGCCAGCUUAUGCAAUUAAGUAAGUUCUCCUCUGGAGAAGUUCUCUACUUUUCUCCACUUGUGAAUCAAAGACGAAGGGCUCUGGACCACUGACACCUGAUGAUUAUUAACUGCUCCUACAAUUAGCACUUGAAUAACCAGCCUGUAGGAGGUAACAUCCUGUGUUUUGUGCUACUUGCAGAGCUUUGUGUACUGUAUUUACUAUGGCCGGGAAAAAGUUCUCAGUACAGCAUUCUUGCCAUGGGUCGGGGAAGGGCUCCCAAGACCUUAUGUGUACUUUUUACUAGUAAAUGAAGCUGUGUAGUGCACUGAACUGCUCCGUGUGUAAUGUACUACCCUUCUAUAAAUCAGAGCCAGAAGCUCAUCCCUGAGGUGAAUGAC